CGCAGGCAAAAUGGCCGGCUCAGACUCGCCCGUGAUGUCAAGCUCUCGCGAUGGGAAAAAGAAGCUUCGAGGCUUCCGAAGCGGUUGUCAGGGGCAACGGCGAGGCCUAACGGCGAGGCCCUGAGCCCGAGGGGCGGUAUGCGGCGCUCGCGUAUAUCGAGCUUGGGGCCCAAAUGGUUGGCGGGAGACGGGGGUGCAGUGGGGGAAGGCUUGACAUGGUUGUUUUAGGCGAAAUUCGGGGGGCUAUAACUGCUCUGUCGUUUUUCAAAUCAAUUGUUUGAGGCGGGAUUAAGGGCGCAUGCGCAUUUGUGCCUGCCUGUCCUGGGCCGAGGGUCGUGCGACCCUCUUUGCACCUCUUUUGGUGUCUAAUCGAUUAAGGAGGUGGUUGUUGGGGGGGGAGCGUAUGGCCUCUUCCUGGUGCAAGCAGGGUGAACCCCUCACCCUCCCAUCCCAACUUUUUAAAGGAUUUUAGAUUGCUUGUAAUAAUAAUAAUAAUAAUAAUAAUAAUUAAUAUUUAUUUAUUUAUUUAUUUAUUUAUUUAUACCCCGCCCUCCCCAGCCAAGACCAGGCUCAGGGCGGCUAACAACCAAUAAUAAUAACAAGUUGAUUAAAGUACAAUUUAAAAGAUUGCGAUAUAAUAUUAAAACAUUAGGAUGCAGUCUCUUCAUAGGAGGAGAAAGGAAAAAGAAAGGGGGAGGGAAUCAAACUGAUUCUAAGCCAAAGGCCAGGUGGAACAACUCUGUCUUACAGGCCCUGCGGAAAGAAAUCAGAUCCUCUCUCUUGUCUUUUACUGCCAGGAUUUCUCAACUUUUGGGUGCUGGGAGAGACAAUGCCUUUGGUCACCGGACUGGUUCCCUCACGAUUCCUGACCCUCACGGCCCAUUUGGUCAUCGUCAUCACCAUCUUCUGGUCCAGGGUGAGAAACCUGUUCCCAGCCUCCAAACUCCAUCCCUUCCCCUUCUCAACGUGCUCCUAUUUCUUUUUUUAACGGUGUGAUGGGCCUUAUGCUUUUCAAAGAGGAGCUUCUGUCUCCCACAAGUACCGUAUUUUUUGCUCUGUAAGAUGCACUUUUCCCCCUCCCAAAAUUAAGGGGAAAUGUGUGUGCGCCUUAUGGAGCGAAUUCAGGCUCCAUGGCUUCAGUGAAAGCAAUGCGAAGCCUCCGGAGCGCAGCGUUGCUUUCACUGAAGCCUGGAGAGCGAGAGGGGUCAGUGCGCACUGACCCCUCUAGCUCUCCUGGCUUCAGGGAUAGCCGCCCGAUCCCUCUUGCUCUCCUGGCUUCGCUUUGCUGGAGAGGCGCUGCGCAGCUUUCCCUCUCUGCGCAGCACCCCUUCAGCGAAGCGGGAGGAGAAAUGGAAGGGGCUCCGUUUUUCCUGCCGCUUCGCUGAGAGGGAGAGAGAUUUUUUUUCUUGUUCUCCCCCUCUAAAACUAGGUGCGUCUUAUGGUUGGGUGCGUCCUAUAGAGCGAAAAAUACGGUAAGCGUCAACAAAAAUAAGACCCCGAUUCCAGCCUUUGCCCAAGACGGGCAGUUUGCCUGGCGCCGUUAAAUAUGGCCUUCUGAGAGCAGAUGCCUCGCAGGGAUGGGGCAGGAAUGUGAUUUUAGUUCAAGGAUUGGUGGGUGGAAUAGAGAUUAUAUUGUUGGCCCUCAUAGAUGGCAUGUGAGGAGGGUGGGGUGCCCAGUGUUAAGAGGCGCACUGGAGUGGCGGGGAGAGGCGAGAUAGGAGUUUGCUUUUCCCCCUCGCAACCCUGGUUAUUUCUCAAGUUGGUGCCACGCCACACUUUGAGAACCCUUUCCCAACCUUGAGCAGCCUUUCCCAACCUGGUGCCCUUCACAGGGCCGUGCUAGAUGGAACCAAUGAUUUAUUAUUAUUUAUUAAAUUUGUAUACAGUGGUACCUUGGUUUACGAACUUAAUCCGUUCCUGAAGUCCAUUCUUAAACCAAAUCCGUUCUUAAACCAAGGCGCGCUUUCCCUAACGAGGCCUCCCGCUGCCGGUGCCCAUCGACCGUUCGGCUUCCGUUCGUAGACCAAGGUAAAGUUCAGAUACCGGAACACUGCUUCCGGUUUUGCGGAGUUUUUAAAUUGAAUGCAGUGGUACCUUGGGUUACAGAUGCUUCAGGUUACAGACUCCGCUAACCCGGAAAUAGUACCUUGGGUUAAGAACUUUGCUUCAGGAUGAGAACAGAAAUAGCGGUGUGGCGGCCCCAUUAGCUAAAGUGGUGCUUCAGGUUAAGAACAGUUUCAGGUUAAGAACGGACCUCGAGAAUGAAUUAAGUUCUUAACCCCAGGUACCACUGUAGUUCGUAAACAGGACUGUUCGUAAACCGAGGUACCACUGUACUAGUCUUCAUUUGACGUUCACAGGGUGGUUCAUGGCAUAAAAAUACAAAAUGAAAAACGUAAUACAUAAUAUUUUGGGAGUUCUAGCUGCUCUAGAGAGAAAGGGAUUCUGGGAAGCAAGAAACCUGGACCUUUUUCAAGUACUGAGAGGGAAUGGCGUUGUCACUCCCACCACAUGUGGGGUGUUGUAGAGAACAGCCUAACGUUUGGACCGCACAAUAAUUCUGCUGACCUCUCUUGAUUUUGUCACGCCUCUGAAUGUUCCUGCUUCUUUGGGUACCUCUAUUUCUUGCCACAGAAGAACGGGAUGGGAACAGGGUGAGAGCCAGUGUGGGUGUAGUAGUUAGAGUGUUGGACUAGGACAUGGGUAGGGAAACUAAGGCCCGGGGGCCAGAUCCGGCCCAAUCGCCUUCUCAAUCUGGCCUGUGGACGGUCCGGGAAUCAGCGUGUUUUUACAUGAGUAGAAUGUGUCCUUUUAUUUAAAAUGCAUCUCUGGGUUAUUUGUGGGGCAUAGGAAUUCAUUCAUUAUUUUUUUGUUCAAAAUAUAGUCUGGCCCCCCCACAAGGUCUGAGGGACAGUGGACCGGCCCCCUGCUGAAAAGUCUGCUGUCCCCUGGACUAGGAUCUGAGGGGGGACCAGGGUUCAAAUCCCCACUCGGCCAUGAAGCCUACUGGGUGGCCUUGGGCCAGUCACGGCCUCUCAGCCUACCUCGCAGAGUUGUUGGGAGGGUACAGUGGGGGAAACCACGUGCACCACCUGGAGCUCCUUGGAGGAAAGGUGGGAUAUAAAUGUAAAUAAAUACAAAAUAGAUAAAGCAUAACGGAACCAGUGCAGUAGUAAAGAGGUUAUGAGGCUAUUGCUACCUUGUUCUUUUGAUGGGUGAAUGCAUGGCCUAAACGGUGGUUUUUCUGUCUUCUGCAAUCCAGGAAAACAAUGUCCGCGCUUCCCUGCCUCUCCAGUGCACCCAGGAGGAGUUUGAGAACCAAGACACGGAGUAAGUGCUCUGCCUGGGACUUUCUCUGCUACAGCCCUUCUCUGUGUACCUCUGCUGCUCUUCAUUUUUUUAUGCUUUUAAAAAGGUUUUUGGUUGCAGUGGCCAUAACUUGAAACAGGCUCCCAAGAGAAAUACGCUGAUUUAUUUUUGUAGGCUUUUCCAGAACAUGUAUUUAAAACAAGGACUUAGAUCCCGCUGCAUCUUUUAAAGCUUGUUAAUAAUAAUAUUAUUAAUAGUAAUCUGUUACUUAUACCCCAUCCGUCUGACUGGGUUGCCCCAGUUGUUAGAUUUUCAGAUUAUCUGAAUGUUGCUUUGCUCUGCUUUAUUUGUAAGGCACUUUGAUUGUUUUUAGAAAGGUGGGAUAUAAAUAUUAGGAAAAUAUGUAUAUUAACAGCCCCUAAAAGCAAGCUGAUAAAGACAUAAAAAUAUGUGUUCCCUGCCUUCCUCUGCCCUGUUCCUUUUGGCUACCUAAUAAAAUUCAUGGUCUGAAAGGUUUCCUUUUGAAAUGUGGAUUUAUGAAUCUGUGCUUGCAAGGUGUGCAAAUAAUAAUGGUGAAAGCUGUGUGUUUGUAUGUUGUAACCUCACAUUGCUGUUCCGUCGCCCUUCUUUUUCUGGAGCUGCUGAGAGUGCUGAUGUCUCCCAGCUUCUCAUGUUUUUCAUCAUCUAGCAAACGUCAGCGCUGGAUGACGCUGAUGCCAUAUUUAUUUAUACCCUACCCUUUUCAGAUUAUAAACGAGAACCGCUGAAAACGUAGAAAAAGUAAUCAUUAAGGACACCGAUAGAAUUCAGACCAUAUACAUAUUAAAAAUCUGUUUAAAACAUACAAGAAAAACAGCGUAGCACCAGAUAAUGGCACCUCUCUGUCCUGCAAAAGGGUUGGGAGCUUGCUGUCUUCACAGCAGAUGUGGCCACUGCUCCACCUAGCUGACAGCAGCCGUAAAUCCAGGUUUAGAUUAAAGCCCUGAAGGGGUGGGGGGGAUGGCGUGAGAAGAGAAGGAGCAGGACUGCUGCUGGAGCUGAUUAUAGGCUGCCUCUUCUCAUCCGAGGACUGACAAAGUUGGCCACGGAUCAGUCUGUUGCCUCUGCUGCCAAAGCCGAUGGUGCUUUAAAUGUGCACGCGAGGGAAAGGCUUCUGCUUCUUUUUUUAAAGGUGAUGGAGGGUUAAAAAUAAAGGCAGGCAAGAAGAUGGGCCAAUUACCGGUAUAUUUUUCUGCAGUGGGAAAUUCCAGACAAUUAGCCUUCAAGAGGAGCUUGUGUUUGCCUAGGGCUCUAAUGUCCUUCAUACUUGGCAUAUUUGCUAAGAAAUUCCAGGCCUGAUCGUAUUGCAUUGGUGGUUCAGUGGUAGAAUUCUCGCCUGCCACGCGGGAGGCCCGGGUUCGAUUCCCGGCCAAUGCAUGACACCAUAAUUUUAUAAACCUCUAUCCGACCCCUCUUUUAUUGCCUGCUUUCAACUUGUUGUUGUCGUUUAGUCUUGUCCGACUCUUCGUGACCCCCUGGACCAGAGCAGGCCAGGCACUCCUGUCUUCCACUGCCUCCCGCAAUUGGGUCAAACUCAUGCUGGUAGCUUCGAGAACACUGUCCCACCAUCUCGUCCUCCGUCGUCCCCUUCUCCUUGUGCCCUCCAUCUUUCCCAACAUCAGGGUCUUUUCCAGGAAGUCUUCUCUUCUCAUGAGGUGGCCAAAGUCUUGGAGCCUCAGCUUCAGGAUCUGUCCUUCCAGUGAGCACUCUGGGCUGAUUUCCUUCAGAAUGGAGAGGUUUGAUCUUCUUGCAGUCCAUGGGACUCUCCAGAGUCUCCUCCAGCACCAUAAUUCAAAAGCAUCCAUUCUUCGGCGAUCAGCCUUCUUUAUGGUCCAGCUCUCACUUCCAUACAUCACGACUGGGAAAACCAUAGCUUUUACUAUACGGACCUUUGUUGGUAAGGUGAUGUCUCUGCUUUUUAAGAUGCUGUCUAGGUUUGUCAUCGCUUUUCUCCCAAGGAGCAGGCGUCUUUUAAUUUCGUGGCUGCUGUCACCAUCUGCAGUGAUCAUGGAGCCCAAGAAAGUAAAAUCUCUCACUGCCUCCAUUUCUUCCCCUUUUGUUUGCCAGGAGGUGAUGGGCCCAGUGGCCGUGAUCUUCGUUUUUUUGAUGUUGAGCUUCAGACCCUAUUUUGUGCUCUCCUCUGUCACCCUCAUUAAAAGGUUCUUUAAUUCCUCCUCACUUUCUGCCAUCAAUGUUGUGUCAUCUGCAUAUCUGACUUAACAAGUCCCAAAUCAUCCAUGACCACCAUUGCCCAUGCUGGCUGGGACUGAUAGAAGCUGUGGUCCAAGCAGCAGUCAGAGGCCUCAGGUUCCUCACCGCUGGCUUUGUGGCUUGCCUUUUCUCUAUGAGUGUGGAGGAAUGACUGCUGGGAGGAGCGCAGAGAGGAAGAACACUGUGAUGCAUCUACAUCGGCACAACUGGAUGCCUUGAUCUGCCCCACCUGCAACAAAACAUGUCUCUCCUGCAUUGGUCUCUACAGCCACAACAGGCGCUGUAACCUUCCAGUAGUUUGACGUCACCGCCAAAGGUGCAGUCCUCCAUUGUAUUCCGAGACAGACGGAUGCCAACAACAAAUAUUGUGUGUGUGUGAGAGAGGGAGGGAGGAUUGGGGCGCUGGGUGGGGAGAGAGAGACCAAUUACUGUACAGUCACACCUCAUGUUACGUUUGCUUCAGGGUACGUCCCGUGGUGACCCGGAAGUACCAGAAAGGGUUACUUCCGGGUUUUGCCGCUUGCGCAGACGCGCAAAAUGACGUCACGCACAUGCGCAGAAGUGACGGAUUGUAACCUGCGCGUGCACAGAUGCGCCACUGCGGGUUUCGCUCUUUUCAUGUUGCGAACAGGCCUCCGCAACCAGAGGUACCACUGUAAUUGGGCUCAGCAUUUCAGGUUUUCUAGAGACACAACACGUAACCCUCCCUGUGGUUUUCCUCUCUUCAGGAUGGUGGUUGCCCUGUCGGUGACGCUUGGGCUUUUUGCGGUGGAGUUGGCUGGCUUUCUCUCUGGAGUGUCCAUGUUCAACAAUGUGCAGAGCCUCUUCUGUAUCCUUUGAAAAGGGGAUAGACUGGACAUAGGUUACAUGGGGUCUUUGUGGGGUGGGUGGCAGAGGGAAGCCACAGAGAGGGCAACUUGGACUCAUCAGACCUGCAAAUUGAGGCAGCCGAACCUGAGAGCUUCAAAAAACUGAACUCGGAUGCCCAUGUUAUCUCGUGCAGGUGGGCACCGGAAGGCGCUGAGGCCCAUUGGAUGCCCGCUCCUGGCCGCUUUGCCAAAGCACUUACGUCUCAGUCCGUCAGGCAGCGUUCUUCAGCCUUGCGGCCCCCGAUGUCGUAGGACUACAACGCCCAUCAUCCCUGACCCACUGGCUAAGCUAGCAGUGGACGAUGGGAGUUGUAGUCCUACGACAUCUGGGGACGCAAGGCUGAGGAACGCUGGUAGGCAGUUCCCACGUGGGAAUGCGGAAGUUCUGGGUUGUUGCCGUCUCCUGUGUAGGCCAGCCCUGAUGCCCCACAGCUCCCCCAGGAGGACUCGAGGGGUUCCUGCCCUUCACGCGUUGUUGCUCCCUGACUGAGCCUCCUUUCUGCUCCAGCCACAGGCGCCCACGCCUCUGCCUCCGUCACGUUGCUCUUCUUCCUCUUUGAACAGUGGGACAGCGGUCUGUACUGGUGGAUCUUUGCUUUCUGCAGGUCAGUCGAGACGGUGGCCACCUCUGGUGGCAGAGCUUUGCGAGGCAAGGGGUUUCCUUCCCUUGCUGCCCAUCGCCGAAGCGGCGGGAGUAAUAAUAAUAAUAAUAAUAUUUAUUUAUACUCCGCCCUCCCCAGCCAAAGCCGGGCUCAGGGUGGCUAACAAGCAAUAAUAAAAACAAGUUGAAUGAAUACAACUUAAAAACAAGAUUAAAAUACAACAAUUAAAAUACAGUAUUAAAAUAUUAAAAUGUAGCCUCAUUGCAGGAGGAGAAAAGAAAAGAAAAAAGAAAGAGGGGAGGGAAUCAAGCCAAAGGCCAGGCGGAACAACUCUGUCUUACAGGCCCUGCGGAAAGAAAUCAGAUCCUGCAGGGCCCUGGUCUCAUGAGGCAGAGCGUUCCACCAGGCCGGAGCCAGUGUUGAAAAGGCCCUGGCUCUGGUUGAGGCUAAUCUGACUUCCUUAGGGCCCGGGACCUCUAGGGUGUUGCUAUUUAUGGACCUUGAGGCUCUCCGUGGGGCAUACCGGGAGAGGCGGUCCCGUAGGUACGAGGGUCCUAGGCCGUGAAGGGCUUUAAAGAUCAAAACCAGCACCUUAAAUCUGACUCUGUACUCCACCGGGAGCCAGUGCAGCCGGGAAAGCACUGGGUGAACAUGCUCCCAUGGCAGGGACCCCGUGAGGAGCCUUGCUGCAGCAUUCUGCACCCGCUGGAGUUUCUGGCACAGCUUCAAGGGCAGCCCCGCGUAGAGCGAAUUACAGUAGUCAAGCCUGGAGGUGACCGUCGCAUGGAUCACUGUGGCCAGGUUGGGGCGGGAAAGGUAAGGGACCAACUGCUUGAUGCGGCGAAGUUGGAAGAAAUGCUUAGCAGAAGAAAUGCAGAAACUGGGGCUGCAUUGGCCAGGAAUGGCCGGCAUUCCUACUCCAGAGAAAGUAGCUGGGUUCAAAGUGGAGAAGGGUGUCUUGGGAUGUUUGUGGCCUCCGUAGGAUCGACGUCCCUGCCGCUAGAAGGGGCCCCCACUGCUGUUUUAUUCAUUAAAAUACACCAGCUGGUGGCCCUCCAGAUUUUGCUGAACUACAGCUCCCAUCAUCCUUGGUCGUGGACCAUGCUUGCUGGGGAGUUGUAGUUCAGCAACACCCGGUGGUCAAAGGUUCCUCACAACCGAAUUAUAUCUGGCCUGAUCUGUCCCCUGAAGGAGCCCUCAAAUUUACUAAUAAGCAUUGUAAAUGCCUUUGGUAUCUUGGAUUGCCCCGACUAUUGGGGGGUGGGUCUCUGUGACCUAAACAUAGCUGUAAACGUUUUCCAUUUUUUAAGGGGAAUUCCCUUAUUCCGAAUAGGAUUCCUCGCAAGAAAAGGGAAACGUUGACAGCUAUGGACCUAAAUCACAUUUGAUCCAGCAAAUGCUCACGGGGGGAGUGGCUGAUCUCUCAUCCUUGGUGUCGGGAUGAUUUCUUCUCUCUCCCAGUUCACCCCCAGGCUCAAAAUGUCUGGCACCUUUCUGUGCCAGCGCAGGCUGCUCAGGUCGUGUGGGGCUGCCUGCCACUGCAGGCCUCACUUUACAACGCCAGUUUCCCUGACUGCUCCCCCCUAGCUUUGGCUGCCCACUGCAGUGCCUCCAUCUGCCUCUCCUUUUUCGUCUUUGAGCGCUGGGAGACGGUCACGUAUUGGUACAUCAUGGGCUUCUGCAGGUAGACUCUUAGCUCUGUAUGUGUGUGGAUAUACCAUACAGUGGUACCUCGGGUUAAGAACUUUGCUUCAGCAGGAGUCCCCAUUAGCUAAAGUGGUGCUUCAGGUUAAGAACAGUUUCGGAUUAAGAACGGACCUCCGGAACGAAUUAAGUACUUAACCCGAGGUACCACUGUCCAUUUUUCCGUGUAUAAGAUGCCCCCAUGUAUAAGACACUCCCUAUUUGGGGGGACUAAAUUUAAAGAAAAUGAGGGGAGAUGACCCAAAGUUGUUGAGCUUUUUUUAGGGGGAAUUGCAUGCGCACUAAUGGAUGGUCAGGAGAUAAAUUCCAUUCAGUUCCUAAACUGGCAUAUUGGCAAUAACCACAAUAUGGUAUGCUUAUCUUAUAUGGUGUUCCAUGUGUCACUGCUUUGAGGAUUCUAAUGUUCCUUGUAUGUAGAUAUCAUACCAGAUGGAAAAUUGAAGGUGUGGCACGAUAUCUUAUUUAGGAACUGAAUGGACUUUAUCUCCUGACCAUCCAUUGGACUUUAAUUCUUCAGGAUAUGUUCUGUUUGCAUGAUGUGUUGGUCUAUGGAAUUACACGUUGUGAGAUAUUAUAUGUUGAAUUGUGUUUGAAAUAGAAGUUACAUAGUCAAAAACAGCCUGUUAUGUUGUGUGUGUUGUGGGCUACCCACAGGCAUUUAGCUGCCACCUUGAGAACGGGAUUCUGGACUAGAUGGGCAGUAGGCCCUUCCUGUGUUUUCUUUUCUUUCUUCCUUUUUAAAUUUUUUAUUUAUUUUGAUUUUACAUAUACACACAUCAAAUAAUCAGAAUAUUAAAAAAGAAAAAGCGUAUCAGCAAUGAAAAUGAAAAAAAGCCUCAAAAACAAGCAUUUUCAAAUACAAUUCUUCGUAGCGAGUGCAAGCCGUCUUUUUGCAACUUCUGGCUUGACUCCUUGAUUCCUAACAUGAUUCCUAACACGUUAGGAACCUUCCUAUGUUUUCAUAUGUGUGUGUGUUUCACAUGUUUGAUCUCCAGCCGUUGUUUUUCUCCCCCCAGGAAGGGGGAAGCCCUUCUCCUUAGCACUGACCCCCUCCCUUCUCUGUCCGUCUUCACCCCCUGACAGUGCCUUGCCUGCUGCUGUGGAGAUACUGCUUUUCAUCUCAGUCUUGGGCUUGAAGAAGAAGCCCCUGUGAAGCCCCCUGCCACCCCAGAGGAGACCUUUGUUGGGGACGACUCCAGGUGGGCAAGAAAACCAACUAGCAGAGCCAAGCCACGCUGGCACGGGGAAACAGAGACUGAGCACAGUUGGGGAGAACAGGUAGGAUGAACGAGCCACCUGUUCGAGGGCUCUGACCCUCCCUGGUAUCACAUUGCCAGCUGCCACCCACAGUUCCAGCAACACAGAUCUGUCUUCUGCGCUGCCUGCUGCCUCCCCCCAGCGGUAAUCGUGGUAACAGCGCCUUGUUGCUGCACAAAGCCACGCGUUUAUUCACACGGGCUUUUUCCAGCUUCUGGUCAUGCAUCUGCGGUGCCAAAAUGCCUCCUUCAGAAGAAAUGGCGAUGCCCAAGCCUGUAGCCCAAUGGGCCGUCCUGCAAAAGGGACUAAGGGGGCAUAACGGGUGUGUAAAAUUUAUUCAGGACAUUUGAUUGUAGUUAGAGAAUGCUGUAUGAGGAUUUAUUACACUUUUUUACCUGAAUAAAAUAGCAUCCUUCUUAUGAAUUCGCC